AUGUAUGUUCAGAAGCCUUUGGAGAAAUGCCUCAAAUGCAACAAAGUUGUCACUGAACGGCUCAUCCGAACUCGCGGAGGUGGAUGGCAUCCGGAGUGCUUCGCCUGUGACACUUGCCACAAACCACUCGAAGGCAUUCCUUUUACUGCUACACCGAAAGACAAACCCUACUGUAUACCAUGCUAUCAGGCGAAGUUCUCUCCACGUUGUGCUUACUGCUCCAAGCCUAUCGUCCCCCGUGGAAAUGAAAAAGAAGCUCUUAGACUGGUCGACAAGUACACGGAAAUCAUAUCCAUCCGGAUUGCUAUUAUUUAG